CUAUGCUGCCAAAAACAGGAGGAACACCUCUAUGAUAAGGUGCUGUUCUGAACUUCAGCUCCGGUUCUUUUGUUUUGGGGAAAUGUUAAGAGCUCAGUGUGGACUUAUAGCACUGGAAGCACUGGCAUUCCUGAAGAAAAAUAUGAGCUGAGUUUUCAGUACUUCUUGCAGAGGCCUCAUGGAGGUGGAGAGUCAUGGUGAUGCCAAUGAACGAUCCAGCCCCUGUGGGGGUGCUGUUGGAUGUUGGAGACCUGAGGAUCCCUUUCUCAGACACAGUCAAGUACCUCAUACUGGGCAUCUCGGUAACUCUUCUUCUACUGGCUCUGGGCAUCUUGGCAUGGCAGGCCUUCAGAUGCUGCACACAGACACACACCACAUACACCAGGCAAGAUACAGUGAACAGUGAUCUGCUGUACUUAGAAGAAAAAUCAAGAACAGCCGCAAACUACUCAGGAGCUCCAAGUACUCAGCUGGAGGAUAUCAGCACAGAGGUCCGGAGGCUUAGUCGUUGUCUGUCUGAGGCCUCGUGUCCCUCCUCAGGAUCCAGCCAUGCAGAGGGACACUUCGGGAAGCAGGCUGAUAUUAAAAAGACCCUCUUAUACCAGGUGGAUGGAUCACUCCGUUUCUCCAUCUAUUAUGACCAGCUGCAGUCCCAGCUGGUUGUGACUGUGUUACAGGUGGAGGGCCUUUUGAAUCAUAGCCAGAAACACAGUCUUCAGCCCUUUGUUAGGUUACGCCUCAUGUGGGCAGGUUCAGAGGCAGUGGAAAUGGAUGGCUAUACAGAUGAGAAGGGCAAAGGGACUGCACCUGUCCUGUGGACAGUGAUGGAGGAGUGGCAGACCCCCAUUGUGAAAGGCAGCUGUAACCCUUUAUUUGGAGACCAGUUCAGCUGCAUUCUGCAAGGGCAUGAGGAACUUCAACGCAUCAAACUCAGGAUGGAGGUCUUAGUGAAGGACUUUGAUAAAUUCUCCCGACACACAGUGUUAGGAGAGGUAAGGUGUCCUCUCGGGCAGUUCAACAUCUCCUACCCUCUGGAGCUACGUGAAGAUUUGCAGAUACCCCAGAAGGAUCUUGUAGGUGAGGUGCUUCUUUCUUUAAAGUUUCUUCCAACUUCUCAGAGGCUUGAGGUUGGACUGCUAAAGGUCAGAACAGUCCUCCCUGAAAUAUGCUCAAAUGCAGCCCUGUAUGCCAGGAUCAGUGUGCAGUGCAAUCAGUCUAAGUUGAAGUACCAAAAAACCUCUGCAGUGGCCUACUGCCUGGUGACUGUCUUCAAUGAGGUCCUCAUGUUCUCUUUACCAGAGUUUCCUCUGCAGCAGUGUAAAAUUUUGGUUUCUGUGUAUGAGACAAACAUGACAGGCAAAUCAACCAAACAUCUGAUUGGACAGUUGACUGUGGGGAAGGAGAAGAGUUCAGAAGACAACCACUGGAGCUCGAUGAUGCGCUCAGUCCGCCAGCCAGUGGCAAAGUGGCAUGGCCUGCUGAUUUGACCGAUGUGUCAUCAAUCCGUUUGUGCACUUCUUGGACGUCCCUCCCUGCUUGUAUUUAACUGAAAGCUGUGAUGCUUGUGUAUCAGACUGUAGAUGUGCAAAGUUGGUAGAGACAUACCCCUAAAGACUUGCAGCUGUAAUUGCAGCGAAAGGCGGUUCCACAAAGUAUUGACUCAGGGGAGCUGAAUACUUUCGUACGUCACACUUUUCAGUUUUUUAUAUGUAAAAAAAUUUGGAAAUCAUGUAUAAUUUUCCUUCUACUUCACAAUUGUGUGCUGCUUUGUGUUGGUUUUUCACAUAAAAUGCCAGACUAGUCUCCCUCCUGGCUUACUAUGCAAUUUGACCUUUCCACUCCAAUCAGGACAGUGAUGUAACUGCCCAAGUGAAACCUUAGGUUACUCAGUCUACUUGUUCAUGGACUAAUAAUUACAUUAUAUUACAAGAGUUCUAAAGAUCUGACAUGAACACCCCUGAUUUCUGAUGAAGAUCACUUUAGCUGUGCACUUAAUGUGCUCAUUUAGUGAAUAACUGGUGUUGUUUGUGUCAAUGUUAUAUUUAUCUUAAGGCUUUGCUGUUUCUUUGUGCUUGUAAAACAAUGGCCAUUAUGCAUCAUUAAAUAUUGACUUUGCAGCUCAGA